AUGCCGGAUUUACUUGAUGAUUUUGACUUCACUACUGUUGAGCAACCGAAAGGAACAAGAAGAAGUGAGAGACCUAAAAACCUUCCUCAAGAUUGUAUUAAUCAUAUUCGGAUGUUAGAGCGAAAGCGCCCCGCCUCUGCUAAGGGGCUGGUGGAGACCUCUUUUGAGGUCCUCGAGUUAAACUUAAGAAGAUGGCCUUACCCUGGUCUUACCCUGGUCGAGACACGGCAGGAAAUGGAGAUGUUGGAUAUUGCUAAAGAAUCUUGUGGUCUUACCCUGGUCGAGACACGGCAGGAGCUGGCUCUCUUUAAGAAUUUGGGGAAGAUUUACUACUUCAGCUACCUGAGAUGUUUCCUCGAUUUGCAGCCUUUGGGACUCUUGGAGGGUGCUAAUUCGACCUUCUAUGAGGAGGAUGUCAAAGGGAAACUCGAUGAUUCUAUGAAGACCAUUCGUCACAUCCUAGAGUUUCUGGGACGACGUAUCAAUGCUGCGAGUGGGGAUCCGUCAGUCAAGGAGAUCUCCCUUAUUAAUCAUACAACACAGUUGGUGGUCAUGGCCAUGGGUUUCUCUCGGUUGCUCUUCUUCUAUUUGGUUCUCUGCUCCAUGGCGACCAUUUUGUUAGCACACAAGAUUGAUGAUCGCUUAGCAUUGCUUGGAUUCAAGAAGGGAGUCACAUCUGAUCCUUCUGGAGCUCUUGAUUCUUGGAAUGACACUGUUUAUUUCUGCAACUGGACUGGUGUCUCUUGUUCUCACAAGCACAAAGGUAGAGUCACAGCUAUCAACCUCGCCAUGUUGGGCCUGGGGGGGCUCAUAUCACCCUCCAUUGCCAAUCUUAGCUUUCUCAACAUCAUUGAGCUUUCUAGCAAUCAAUUCUCCGGCGAGGUCCCACCGGAGUUUGGCCGCCUGCACCGGCUGCAGUAUCUGAACCUCAGCUUCAAUGACCUUCAUGGCAUAAUCCCUGAGAGUUUGGCCAACAGUUCUAAACUCAGACUUUUAGAAUUGUCAUUCAACCAUCUCAAUGGUUCUAUCCCUGUUGAGCUUGGUGGAACUCUCCUUAAGCUUAAGGUGCUGGGUUUAUCCCAUAACAGUCUCAGCGGAGCCAUUCCAUCAUCCAUUGGGAACCUUUCUUCUCUAGCUAGACUCUAUUUGGCAAAUAAUCUCCUACGAGGAAUCAUCCCUGAAGAACUCGGCAGGCUGUCAAACUUAAUUUUUUUUCUGGUGGGUGGGAAUCUGCUCCAUGGGACAAUCCCUUCAGUUUUGUUCAACAUUUCAUCUUUGAAUAUUAUAAGCAUUCCAGGCAAUCAUAUCCAUGGGAGGCUGCCUUCAAGUUUUGGUAACAAGCUUCCUAAACUCACAACCCUGCAAUUUGGUGACAACAUGUUUAGUGGAGCCAUCCCUGCUUCACUGUUUAAUGCUUCUCUUCUUGAGAUGAUUGACAUUUCCAGAAACCAGUUUAGUGGGACAGUGCCUCCAAUUUUUGGAGGGAUGCAUGGUCUUUAUCAUCUCAAUUUAGAAUUGAAUCAGUUUCAAGCCAGCGAUGCCAGGGAUUGGAGCUUCAUUGAUUCCCUGGUGAAUUGCAGCAACUUGUACGGUCUCUCUAUUGCAUCCAAUGAUCUCGGAGGUGUGUUGCCUCUGUCAGUAGCCAACUUUUCCAAGGAGAUGAGGUUUUUAUACAUGGAUUACAACCAUUUUUCAGGGACUAUUCCUCAUGGGAUUGAAGAUUUAAUCAAUUUGAUUAUCUUGCACUUAGGUGCAAAUCAACUCACUGGCCCAAUUCCAGAGCACAUUGGAAAGCUCACCAUGUUACAGGUUUUGAGUUUGAAAGACAAUAAGCUCGCAGGUUACAUUCCAUCCAGCAUUGGCAAUCUAACUGUCCUGUAUUAUAUCGACUUAUCGGGGAAUAGAUUUGAAGGCACUAUACCUUCUACUAUGAAAACUCUCAAGCAACUCACAAAACUGCUUCUCUCUAAGAACAAGCUUAGUGGGAGGAUGGCCGGAGAAAUCCUUGGACAAUUCUUUCCACUUCAAGUUCUUGAUUUAGCCAACAACUCUUUCAAUGGAACUAUUCCUUUUGAAAUUGGAAGCUUGAUAAAUCUACAACAAUUGCAGUUGAGUGGGAACAGAUUGACCGGUGAAAUCCCUGGGACUAUCAGUGGAUGUGCAGUCUUAGAAGACCUCAAUUUGCAAGGUAAUCUCAUUACUGGAUCCAUUCCUCCAUCUUUAGGCAAACUAAAAGGUCUCAAAAAUUUAAACCUUUCACACAAUAGCUUGUCAGGAGGCAUUCCUUCAUCUUUUAGCAACUUAAAACUCCUUCAAACACUUGGUCUAUCAAACAAUAACUUAUCAGGGUCUGUCCCAGAGUUCCUACAGGAUUUGAAGAAUCUUUUAUUUUUGGACCUUUCAUACAAUCACUUCCACGGAGAACUCCCUGUAAAAGGGGUGUUUGCAAAUUCAUCUGCACUAUUUUUAGUUGGAAAUGUUGAGCUUUGUGGGGGUGUCCCACAACUUCACUUACCCGUCUGCCUCAAGUCCCAUAAGAAAACAAGUAGAGGAUCUCUAAUCCUAAAGAUUGUGAUCCCAAUAGUUUCCCUUUUAUCGUGCCUUCUCUUGCUCUUACUAUUUCUUUUCUUGUUUCGGCAACGAGAAUCAAAGACGAAAACAAAGACUUCAUCAUCCUUGCCUGUUCCAUAUGAAGAGUUUCCAAGAGUUUCAUACUAUGAUUUGGUCAGAGCAACAGAUGGUUUUACUCCCAGCAAUCUCAUCGGAAAAGGAAAGCAUGCUUCUGUUUACAAAGGAACUCUUCAUGGCAUCAACAACACGAUGAUGAUGGUCGCCAUUAAAGUCUUCAGUCUCGACAUAAAAGGAGCUUCAAAAAGCUUUCUCUCUGAAAUGGAAUCACUCAGAAACAUCCGACACCGUAAUCUCAUCAAGAUCAUCACUUCAUGCGUGAGCGUUGAUUCACAAGGCAAUGACUUCAAAGCUCUGGUUUUAGACUUGAUGCCAAAUGGAAGCUUGGAUUCAUGGUUACAUCCAGCGGAGAAUCCACAACAACAACAACAAAAUCCUCUGAGUUUGUUUCAGAGGUUGAAUGUGGCCAUUGAUGUUGCUGAUGCGUUGGAGUAUCUUCAUCACUCUUGCCAACCUCCAGUUGUUCACUGUGAUCUGAAGCCAAGCAAUGUUCUUUUGGAUGAUGACAUGAAUGCUCGUGUCGGAGACUUUGGUCUUGCAAAGAUUCUCAUGAACAACAACAGCAACUUAUGGCAGAGCUCCACAGCCUCAACAGAGAUCAUCAAAGGAACCAUUGGCUAUGUUCCUCCAGAGUAUGGUUUUGGGAGUGAGGUGUCAACCAUGGGAGACGUGUACAGCUAUGGGAUCCUUGUUCUGGAGUUGCUGACAGGAAAGAGACCAGUUGAUGAGUGUUUCAAGGAUGGUAUGACAAUGAGAAAGUUUGUAGAGUCUUAUGCUUCUCUGGAGAGAAUCAUGGAGGUCAUGGAUCCAUCAAUGUUCUCACAAGAAGAUGAUUCCAUUGGAUACAAAAGGCAAAAGGAGUGUGUGGUCUCUGUUUCAGCUUUAGGCCUUGCAUGCUGUGUUGAUUCUCCAAAUGAGAGGCUUAGCAUGAGUCAUGUUUCAGCACAAAUGCGUGCAGUCAGGAACAAUUAUUUAUGCGUUGGAUCAACGAGUUCAUAAGGACGAACUCAACUACUGUUUCUAUAUAUUUGGCUGUCCUUAAAGUUGGUUGGGUGUUUCUUAAUAAAUUAUCUU